UUGACAGCAUUUCUACAAAGAAAUAAGGGACAGUUGCCAAAAAUUAUUCAGGAGUUUUGGACAUUUUUAGCUAAAAUAAAAACAAUUCUGAGUGCAUUAUGCUUUAUGUUAAUAUACUACUCGUUUGAUGAAAUGAAAAAGAGUGUUAGUCUAGAAAAGAUAAAUGGCACUGAAGUAAUUUCAAAUAAUCCCGUCACAUAACAAAAGGAGACCGAUUAAAUCGUCAGGGCAAGUUUGCGAACAUUAUCAAAUUAUAAUAAGACCAAAACUCCAUAAAAGCAGUUCUUUAUCUGAUCUUACACCACAGACGAGCGACUAUUGUGAGUGCCUGUUGUUAGUAUUGCACUUACCUUAAGUUGUUAUUUAACUCUUCAAAUACAUACUUAUAUAUUCAUGCGUGUUUACAUUUUAGCAUUCGAUUUCUUUACCACUAAAAACGGUUGUUUAUGUAAACACAAUCGACGAUAUAUCAAUAUUUACGAGAAUUCCGGAGACACGCUAGAAAAAUACUCUAGAUGCCUAGCUGAAUCUUCAUAUAUGUCGUGGAAUUUUAAAAACAAAAAGAUGAAGAAAAAGAUCGAGAUGACCCCUGAUACAUAUGCAGCAAAAUUUGCAGCCGAUUUUACAUAUUCUGGCGAUCAUAAUGCGUCUUCAUAUUAUGCUGAAAACUCCAGCACGAGUAGCACAGACGAUGCAACUCAUCAAAAAAUGGCGACAUUCCCUUUUAAACCAACCCCAAGUGGAAAUUUAAAAGUUCAAUCCAAUCAGGUAGUAUUUCAGUCUUCCACAGUCGGAGUUUUGUUAGCUGAUCCAACACAGGCAAAAGUUAAAGUUAAGUUUGAGGGUAAAACUACAGAAGAACUAGAUGAUGAAUUAAAUAAUUUACUAACUGAUAAUCAUGAUAUGAACGAUGAACCGAAUCUCCAACUGCAAUAUGGUCCCAGGAAAAGUCCUAAUACGCAACUACACGUAAAAAAUGUUCUAGAAAAAAAUCUUAAUGAAAAGUCUCGUACGGAAACAAAAAAUAAAGAAUUGAUCAGCAUGGGAUAUGGACAAAUGGAAGCAAUAGACUGGAUGCAUGUACAAUUACCAAAGAAACAGGAAUUAUUUCAAGAAUUCUAUCGCAGAGUACAUAAUUUUAUUAAUACAGAUUGCAUUGUACACAUUGGUCGUGAGGAAUUUCAUUGUCAUUACAUGGUACUUCAAAUAUAUUCGUCAUUCUUCAACACAAACACUCAAAGAGAAAUAGAAUUGCCCAUUAGUAAUGUAAAGCCAGAUGCCUUUCACACUAUUUAUGAAUGGAUGAUAUACAGUGGUUCUGAAAGCAAUAAGUUGUUAAAAAGAGAAAAUAUUUUAGAUUUAUAUUCAGCUGCUCAGUAUUUAGCAAUAAAAGAUUUAGAAGACCAAUGUUGGUCCUUUAUGGAAAACGAGACUAUUUUUGAUGAAGAUACGGCUUUUGUUUUAUAUAGAAAAGCAAGGAUCAAGAACAUGACUUCUGUUAUGGAAUUGAUGGUGCGCCGAGUCAAGAGGUUCUUUUUACCACUCGUUGCUUCAAAGGAUUUUCUUAAAUUAGAAGCUGAGGAGAUAUUGACGUUUUUGAAGUCGGAUUAUAUCUGUGUGACAAGUGAAAUCGAGGUAUUAAUGGCUGGUGUAAGAUGGCUGUACGGAGACUGGAACCUGCGCAAGCGCUUCUCUGUGGAAGUGAUGCGAUGUGUUCGCUUCGGUCUCAUAUCUCCAUGGCAACUCGUCGACAUCAAGAGGAACCCAGAGAAUGCUGAGAUAUUGGAGAUUGUCAAUAAUCCAGAAGUUCAACAAAUGGUUGAUGACGGCUUAGCAUACGUUAUCAUAAAAUAUUGGUAUGGAAACAAUUCUAAAAACUAUUAUCAUUGGAUUGAAGUGUUGGGUUUAUCUGAACCAGCUGAAAGAAAUUGGAUAGGCGAAGAAAAGAACCACGUGACGUACAAGGAGUUCCUCAAAUAUCUAGAACAGUUUAUGGUGCCGAAAAAUCAAAUGUAUCAACAGAUGGCUAUGAUGCAGCCUCCAAGGAGAAGUGAUGAUGGGCCUGGUAGUUUUCGAGGAAAAGACCAAGAUAAAAUGGAAAUGAGAAGGCCAAAAAUAGAGAUUCCCUCACCGGCUACACUGAUGGGGUUGACGGACAAAGAUAAGUUUCCAGGCAUGAGUGAUCUUUUCAAUAGAAAGAUGCGAGACAGCAGUCCAUCUCGAUCGCCACCGGCUACAAGAUCGCCUCCUCCUAUGGAGAGCACUGCGCCCGCGCAAACUACAGUACAUGAAUCCACAAAUAAACGUGAAAUUGAUAGAAAACAGAAGCCAACAAUAGACGAGUAUAGAAACGCACAAGAAUGUAUAAAUGCCAGCCAAUAUUGUCAAAAGGAAAUUCAGCAAAUACACGUCUGCGAUAUUAAUACACAGAUCACAGGUCAAAUUUAUGAUCCGCCUGAAAAAGAUUCUACAGAGGAAUUACAGUCAACUAACAGUGAUACAACUGACACAAUUGGAUCCAGUGUAACAGUAAAUGAUACAAGAAAGAGUCAAAAGAGACAUAGCGUAGCAGCUUGUUACUUGGCUGCUGCUUUGGCAGGCAAUAGAAGAGAUUCCCAAAAUCCUGAAAGACGUCCUCAAACAAGCAAUGCAACUCGUCCUGAUGUAGGGACACGGCCACUGACGUCACAAAAUAUUAUCAGCCCUGAAGCAUCUCUGUUCAAUCAGUCAAAGGAAUCACUUGCUAGAGCUAAUAUGAAUAAAUUGUCAACAUCCAUACUGGGUCCAUCCAAUAAAAAUUACAUCAUUGAUGGAUCUCUGUUUAAUUGGGAUCGUGAGACUGUCCUGGUGUUCGGAGGGAUCGAUCCACAUACAUCGUAUGGGGUCACAGGAAAUACUGGGAAGGAUAUUUACAGAUUUGAUCCUGUAACAAAUGCUUGGGAAUAUGUAGGCGAAUUGCCCGAACCAAGGCAUCAUCAUUCGGUUGCUUUUUUACGUGGACGGGUUUUUCUAGUUGGUGGUGCUGAUCCUCGUGAAGACGAUUUACGUGGUAAAUCGGUAGUCGUAUCAACAGUGUGGAGCUAUGAACCGGUCACAAGGUCUUGGUACAGUGAAUCAGGACUUGCAAUACCAAGGAAAAACUUUGGUCUAGUUGUUCAUAAGAUGGCUUUGUAUGCAAUUGGAGGGCAAGAUAAAAAGGGCAGAGUACUAAGAUCAGUUGAGAAGUUCGAUCCAAAGACGGGAUCUUGGAGUGAGGUCCGUUCCAUGGGGGUGGCGCGGAUGGCAGUCGCAGCUGUCAAGUACAGAGAGUACAUAUGGGUGGCGGGCGGCAUGACUGGCGAGAAGAAGAAACCCGUGUGCAAGAUUGUGGAGUGCUAUAAUUCGAAGACGAAUGAAUGGACGGAAAUCCAUAGUCUUCGUUUCCCAAGAUGCUUUGCUACAUUAUUUUCCAUGAAUGACAAGCUGUAUAUUGUAGGUGGAGCCGGAAAAAUAUCCGAUAAGGAUAAAACACCCAGUAGUGUUGGAGACAUUGAUGUAUGGGAUUGGAAGGAUCGACAGUGGAAGCAAGAAACUGAGAUGUCCAUACCGAGGCAUGGACACGCACUUGCUUAUUUGGGCACACAGCUCAUUAUUAUUGGUGGUGUAACAACAAUUUAUAUGCGGGCCCUAAGCAAUGUGGAGUCAUUUUGCUGCGAGCGUAGAGCCUGGAUUCGAGGAGUGGCGUCUCUACCAUCACCUCUCUCUGGCCACGGCGCAGUUACUUUACCCCCGGCGUCACUGAUGUAAAUUUUGCACUUCCAGAACUAAUUGAGAGUU